CAGCACUCGCCGCCCGAGCCGCCGCGCCCCGGCCAAUCGCAGCCCGGCCCGGCCCAAGAUGGCGGCGGGCGCGGUGUGGGGGCCCCGCCAUGUUGGGGUUCCUGUCGGCGCGUCAGGCUGGGCUGGAUGAGCCGCUGCGGCUGCGCCGCGCUGAGCGCACACGAAGGGUUCUAAGCUUGGAAUUAAAUAAAGACAGAGAUGUGGAAAGGAUACAUGGAAGUGGAAUCAACACCCUUGAUAUUGAGCCUGUCGAGGGAAGAUACAUGUUAUCCGGUGGGUCAGAUGGUGUUAUCGUACUUUAUGACCUUGAAAACUUGAGCAGAAAUCCAAAUUACACAUGUAAAGCACUUUGUUCUGUGGGAAGGAGCCAUCCUGAUGUACACAGAUUCAGUGUGGAAACAGUCCAGUGGUAUCCUCAUGAUACUGGCAUGUUUACAUCCAGCUCAUUUGAUAAAACCUUGAAAAUAUGGGAUACAAAUACUUUACAAUCUGCAGAUGUAUUUCACUUUGAGGGAACUGUCUAUAGCCAUCACAUGUCUCCAGUUGCUACAAAACACUGUUUAAUAGCAGUUGGUACCAAAAGCCCCAAAGUACAGCUCUGUGACUUGAAGUCUGGAUCCUGUUCUCACAUUCUCCAGGGUCACAGACAAGAAGUACUGGCAGUGUGUUGGUCCCCACGUCAUGAAUAUAUUUUGGCAACAGCAAGUGCGGACAGUAGAGUAAAAUUAUGGGAUGUGAGGAGAGCAACUGGAUGUCUCACUACACUAGAUCAGCACAAUGGUGAAAAGUCCAAAGCAUCUUCUGAGGCAGCUAACACGGCUCACAAUGGGAGAGUUAAUGGGUUGUGCUAUAUGAAUGAUGGGCUUCAUCUGUUGACCAUUGGUACAGAUGAUCGGAUGCGGCUCUGGAACAGCUCCACUGGAGAAAACACGUUAGUGAAUUACGGGAAAGUCUGUAAUGAAAGUAGAAAAGGACUCAAAUUUGCUGUCUCUUGUGGCUGUAAUCCAGAGUUUGCCUUUGUACCAUGCGGUAGUACCAUUGCUGUUUAUACAAUUUUCACUGGAGAACUCGUAACAGUGCUUAAAGGACAUUAUAGUACUGUCUACUGCUGUGUAUUUCAGCCUGAUUUUCAGGAACUUUAUAGUAGUAGUAAAGAUUGCAAUAUCCUUGCGUGGAUACCAGCUCUUCGAGAGCCAGUUCCUGAUGACAUUUCUGAAAAGCCUCUACCUCAACAGCAUUUAAAUCCAGCAUAUGAAGAUGCAUGGAGCAGCAGUGAUGGUGAAGGCUGAAUUUCAAUUGUGUUCUCAUACAAAACUGACAUUCAGGCACUGCUUUCACAGACUUUAUCUACAGAAUUGGAUAUUGUCAGACUUUUUAUGAAUUAUUUGUGGUACAGUUCCGUUAUUUCUCGAAUACCUUACUCUAAGUUUCCAUUGUUCUGUGUUCUCUCUUCACUAUUAGAGUUAAAUCUAAAGGACUGUUUUUUCAUCCUUACUGAUUUUUAUAUUUACCUUUAUGCAUUGGUAUACUGUACUCAGUGUUGAACAGCUGAUAAAGGAAAAAUAAAAGCCCUUGGGACCAGUAAUAUUGCAUCGUUUCUUGUAUCACGAAUACAUGAAAUAAUCCCUGCCUUUCGAAGAGAAUACAGAGGAUUUUUCCUGAAGGAGGACUAGCUCAGGGAUCCUGUCAUAUUAUUUUUAUCCAUGUCUAGAUUGAGCAGACUGUGUCAAUUUUCAAGUGUUUUAUGUGCUGUGGAAGCCAGCAGGAUUUUGUGCUUGUUCUUUCGCAUUUUCAGUUUUGCAUUUCUCCACAAAAGCACUAUUUGGUUCAGAAAGAGCUGGGAUUAUCUGUUCACAUGUUUAUAUUGUGACCUCACCAACUAGUAUCCGAAUCUAUCUCAGAAAGUUAAGAAUAGAAACUAGUUUUAUUAGAGUUUCUGUUGCUCCUAUUAGCGGGCUUUUAGGAUCAGUCUUCCAUGUAUGAAACUCUUAUUUCCCUAUCCAGCGUGGAGAAUUCUUGGGUGGAAACAGGCUUGAAGUACAGCACAAAGAAGAGAGUGGAUCACAAUUUAAGUUAGAAAUACUGAAUGUAGUCCUUCAAAAAUGUUUCCCUCUGAAUCUGUGGUCCUAAUGCCUCCUCUGUUUUGAAAGGGAGAUGUAGAUGCAACUCUAUACAGGAAAAAUGCCUUCCAAAACAGAACAGAUAUUAGGACCACAAAUUCAGGCAAAAGAUAAAGAUUAUUGUUCAAAUAAAUUAAAUAUGAUAAUUUAAUAAUAAAUUAAUAGUAUACUAUUUCUAUGAUUACUUAGUAUUUUGUAAUUAAUUCACUAUGCUUCUGUAUUUUUAUGUCUAUACAAGAUACAGUUUUUGUAGCAAUCUAGAGUCUAGCAUUGUAAAAUGCUACAAAGUGAGGAAUAGGCACAUCAGGGCAAUGUUGUAAUUAAAUAUGCUUCGUAGGUAGUGCAUAUUUGCUGGGAGAGAAACAAAAUUUAAGUUGCACUAUUAAGUAGAUAGCUGCAAGGUGGAAGACUUCCAGGAGUUUCACCCGAAGUUAAGGACCAACCUGACAUUGUCACUUCUCAGGAAACGAGAAGAGAAUUUUCUAUUUUUUCCAAAUGAUGGUUUUAAUUACCAGUGGUGGCUGUUCCCUCUAAGCCUGGAAAAACUGAGGAACAAAUUUGAAGAAGGAUUUCAUGAUUUUAUUUCUGUCUUGAAGAAGAUGAUUUUUUUUUGUGGUAUUAUUGUGCAUAUCAUUUAUAUAUACCAGCUGUAAAGCAUGUGUUUGGUAUUUAAACUUCUAAAUAUGUGCACAGCAAAUCGUAGAGCUAGUUAUCACAGAAUAAAUGCAUUAUUUCUUUAUUAGUUUUUGCUUAUCUGUAAUGUGACUACAAAGGCUCUCGAUUUUAAAACAAACAAAAAACUCACCAGCUCUUCUGGACUGAGAAUGGAAUAAAAAAUGGGACAGUUUGAAAAAAUACAUUUCUUCAAAAAGGUGAGAAAUCAUGAAAACUAAACCUAUAAAUAAGACUGUUGCAUUAAUUCUGCUGGUUUUGAAAUGGCCUUUGUCAGCCGAGUUCCUUUUCCUGUGCUUUGAGUACACAAUUACUGAGAUUAGAAGGGAUCACUGGAGAUAGUGUAGUCCUACCUCCCUCCUUAAAACACAGUGGCCUUAAGCAGGCUGCUCAGGCUUGUGUCCAGUGUCAACAACCUACAAACCCGUUGCAAUGUCUGAGCAGUUUUAGAGUAAAACUUUCUUCUUGGGUUUAAAUGGAGUUUCCUGUAUAUCAGUGUGCAUCUGUUGUGUCUUGCCCUGUUGUUGUAUACCAUUGAGAAGAGUGUGACUUCCUCUUCUUUACUGUCUCUUUCCUUGGCUCCAUCAGAUACAUAUUGCCUCCUUCAACCUGCUGACAGCACUUUUACUAAUGCGACACAGAAUGCUGUUAGCCUUCUUUGCUGCAAGGGCGCAUUGCUGGCCUGUGGUCACUUCAGGGUCAUCCGGGAGUGCUGAGUCCUUAUCUGCAAAGCUGUCCCUGGCUUUUCUGGUCCAUGGGCUUUCUCCUCUCUGAGUGCAGGAUUUGGCAUUUGCCUUUAUUGAACAUUAAGAUUGAUCAUUGCCUUUUUCUUCAGUCUGUUGAGGUCCCCCUGAAUGUUGACAGCACAACCAUCUGGUGUAUUAAGCACUUCUCCCAGUCUUGUAUCAUCUGCAAAGCUGUUGAAGGUACAUUCUGUUCUAUCAUCAAGGUAAUUAAUAAAGACGUUAAAUAAUACUGGUCCCACUGUUGACUCCUGGGGUACACCACAAGUGAAUGGGCUCCAAGUGGACUUUGUGCCACUGAUUGCAACCCCCUGGGCCUGGCCCUUCAGCCAUUUUUUUAUUUGAUGUCCACUUGUCUACUUUGUCAGUUUGUCUGUAAGAGUGUUUUGGGAGACUGUC